AUGGCUACAGUCCGUUCCCUUGGCCUCCACGAACCCUCCGCCGUACCUUUCCUCGUCGCGGAAGGGCUCCUACCUACGGAUCCAUCAGAGGACCUUUACGAAUGGACAACGAGUGUUGAAGAGGGCCCGGAUGGCCUGGUGGAGGACGAACUUGCUUGGACGAAGAGCUGCGUGGUCUGGUCUCGUGCGGGGGUGGUAAAGAGGGUCUUUCGGCUGGAUCUCGAGAAGGAGGAAAUCAGACACGCCCUGCUGACCAGUUUUUCUGUUGGAAAGAUAAAGAGGUCUGAAGAUAAAGCUCAACAAGGUGUGGGGGGAGGAAGAGGAAAGCCCCGAGCAAACAACAACCCUGGCCGCAGCCGCGGCUCGCAUAGUCCGCUUGCUUCGCCCGGCGAAUCGAUGGUUGCAGCCUCGGGGGUGACCUUGACCGUACGUGGACGAGGAGCUCAAGAUGGCAAUUCCGGGGAAAACACCAGCACGCUAUCCCGGGCUUUGGUGGUUGUGCUCAAGUCGCAGGCGCACAUAUUCUUCCUAGCGGGCACCAGUCAUGUUGUUCCUCUACCCUUUGAGGUUGAGUCGGUUUUCGCAACCCCUAGAGGCUUGCUGUUCCAAAGGAAAGUGCAGGAAGGGGAUAAGAGUAGCAAGGAACCCAGUUUCUACCCAAUGGCUCCACCCAAUUCGUUCAUGUCGUCUCAACCUACAAUCACGGACUUUCGCACCUCCCAGUCUCUGGAAGUACCUUCGGGUAAAGCCAAGCGCCCUUCGUUGACGAUAUCCCCUGUCCAAAACACUGGCCUGAAGCCGCGCUCCCCUAAACAUGCGAAUCUUCCCAGGGUGUUCUCGCUCAUGGACCCUCAUUCUGAAAUGGGACUUGUGGUAACCAACCAGACAUCAUCGCGUUGGCUCCAGGCUAGCAGCUUGAACAGUAGGCCUUCUGGGUUUGAUACCCUGGAUCCUGCAGAUGAGAUAGUAUACGUUUCCCCGAAGGAUGAGCUUUCUCACUCGAGCCGAAGCCUCGCUACUGGCCCUCUGAUUAUCGUGAUAACGGUCAAUGUUAACACAGGGCUCUAUACCAUCUGGACCGCACGAUACAGGGAGGAUGAAACUGCCCAGCCCUCGCAAAAGAAGAAGAGGCGAGAAACCGGUGGCACUCGGUCAAAGAGACGGAGCUCUCACUUUGGAAUAACAACCGGAACAACGACUCCCGGAGCUCGUCCAUCUGCCACUCGGGAGAGCCUGGGAGCCCGAGGCGAUGAUUGGAACACACCAGGACUUUCGCAGUCUCAAUACUCGGUCGAAGGCAAACCUGAUGAAGAUGAUCUGGCCUCGAAACUGGGACAGGAUUUUGGUGAUAUCGGAGUGCCACUGAAAACUUCGCGAAGAGUAAGCUCUUUGCUUGCCAGAGCCGAUCUUGCGGCCGGUCCGGAUAGACUUACGUUUUCCGAUCUGGCAACGGGAAGUCAAUCGAACUCUGUCCCUCAUGGAGGUCUUCGACAGUCGAUCGGUGCUGGUAGCACGCGUGGCAGCUUUGGCUUCAACCCGCGAGGCUCUCUGCCGACGGGAAAUAGUUCCGUCUAUAGCACCACAAGCAGCUUUGUUGAUGCUCCUAUUGACAAACUUCUACAGGAGUUGAAUGAUGAUAGCUUGUUUGAAGGUUUCGAGAACAUGGACCUGAAAGAAUCUGCGUCAGGCCUUCCGGAAGAGGUUUUUUUGUCUAAGGUUGAGAGUUUUUCUUCUCGAUUCUCUGGUACCUUUCAGACGUCGAAUCAGACAAAGUGGACCCGACGCCUGAAGAUCAUCACCCUGUGUCCCUCUGAAACUGGGAAUGAGCCCAAUGGAAAUUCAGCUACUUUGGCCAUUUGCGUCGUCGACCAAGAAGCAAAAUCCAUGUCUACUAUUAAUUUGAGGGCAGACAAAGUUACGCAUCCCAAAAAAGACACUCUUUUUAAGAAGACAAAAAAGAAAUCGAACUCUGAGGCACGCUCUCUCGUGGUACAAGCAACUGGUAUCCAGCAUUUUGCCGGUGUACACGAUGCCUGUAAGAUCGUGGAUGGAGAGGUUUUACGAAUCUUGACCUUGAGCAACGGGGAUAAAGGGAAAUCCGAGCUAUGCUUACAGACUCCAUGGACAAGCCCUAUUCCAAUCAAGAUUCCUAAGAAUCUUAUGUUAUACGAUACAUACGGUAUAUCUUCUAACGUAUUGAGCCGCCCGAGAGAAAGUGGUAUGAACCGGAUCAUGACGGACUCGUCCAUCGCAGUAUCUAGAAUCGACCACCCUUCCACUCAGGGGAAGGUCGAUCUGGUCGACUCCUUGGGAAGAAGACACAAACUCCAGAUUAAGAUGGAGCCUCAUAACGAGCUUGUGAAGACUAUCUUCAAAGUCUUCCGGUUUAUCUUGCCUGAUUCGGAAAAGGCCGGGGAAGGAAUAUUGGCCGCCUGGUGGGAAACCGUGAGAUGGCUUCGCGGAAGGGAGAUAACCGAGACGGAUGUAGAAUGGACAGGCUUGGUCAUUGUGCUAUUUUCAAUGGCAGUGCCGUUUAUCGAGAACGAUCCCGCACACACGCCUGCAAAGCCCAUACGAAGAAAGAAGGGAUUGUUGCGGUCAAGUAGCGGAAGCUAUGUCGACCUGGAGAGCUGGGAAUCGAUGCUGGAGCAGGAAUCAGGUUACGCCGGAGUUGUCGCCCCUUGGAUGACCAAUAGCUCUUGGGGAUGGAUUGUCGAGCAGGAUGCCGAAGAAGAUCACAAUGCAAGCUCCGGUAAAAAGACCCCGAAAACCGAACAGCAGGGUACAAGCCGAUCUACCUACCGAAAGAACACUUAUUUACUUCGCUGUGCAGCCUUGACUCGGCAAUUUCUACAGACGCCCGAGGGCGCGGCGAUUGUGGGUACUGAUGGUCAUCUGCCAACGGCGCUUUCUUAUAGCCAAAGCUCACGUCGCGCUGCUCUGUGUACGAUACUUGUAGGAUUGCACCUUCUCCGAGAAGAGCACAAGCUUUCGAUCUGCGAGAGUGAGUUGUCACGCAAAUCUCUAGGACUCCUCGCCCCUGUUUUGGCACAGAUUGGCGGGUGGCUGGGAUGGGAAUCAUGGACAUGGGCCGAAGACUCCUAUUAUGGUAUGGAGAUGUCCAGUAUCGACCGCUGGGAGUUUGAGAAAACUCAAAUCUCCACGCUGGACGUACCCUCGGAGCCGUUCCAGCCCCCUUCAAUCUUCUCUCACGUGGAGAGUACAUGGCGACAACACUCAUCACGGUUCCUUACACUUCUCAGCUUGGUGACUGCAUCUGAGCGGACAUCUCGGAAGGGACGCCUGUGGCAAGAAUGUUUUUCUCUAACUCCAAGGACCCUGGCAUUAGAUGGCUUCCUCUCGGAGGUGCAAAACCUGUCGACAGCAUUCGAUCGCAUAAAGCUUCUCUAUCGCUGGGGGUUUACUCGAAGCAUCAUUGAGACUUUGCCCGAAGGAGUCAGCACUCCAUUGUACGAGAUUAUCAUGAAGUCACAAAUGCAUGCUUCAACUUCGUGGAGCUCGACGCUAUUAGAGCUUAUCGACCGAGAAGAUCUGAGCAUCUCGAUGCAUACCAACAGCCACGGCCCCCCGUCGUCACCAUUGCAGCCUGUUUUGACCCAUGAGGCCAUGCGCGACUUCCAUCAUAUCGGAAGUUCGGCGUUGGAUAUCGACGCGAUCAACUCGUUCGAGGCUUCAGCCGAAGCGGAUAGAUUCUCCGUGACCAGGUUGAUCUUCCGUGAAGACAAACGUUUCAUCGAGGCUGCUAGGUUGCUGAAUCAAUCCAAGGCUCCCAUAGCAGAGUGUGCCCCCGAACCUGAAUGGUCCGACUCGGACCUCCUUGAAGCGCAGAAAGAAGUGGUGCAGCUUGUGACGUUAAGGACCUUGUCAAUUCCCACUGGUAGGGCUAUGCUCGCUUUCAGCGGACGUCUCCCUUUGUUGACCGAGAAGCUACCGAUUCCAUCCUUCUCCUUACAGUGUGUUAUGAAGCCGUCCAAUGUAACUGUCAGCGCCGACCGGGCUGCGUUUAGCGAGGAGAAAGUCUGCUGGGCGUUUUUCCAUAAUGGCGUCUCCACCGGACUUGCCAUAUCGCGGAACUCCAAGGGAAUAGACACGUCGUGGAUCCUCUUCAACAAACCCCAGGAUCUAACCAACCGACACGCCGGUUUCUUGCUAGCACUUGGUCUCAAUGGUCACCUCAAAUCAUUGGCCAAGUGGGUUGCUUUCAAGUAUUUAACGCCAAAGCAUACGAUGACUUCCAUCGGGCUGUUGCUUGGACUGUCGGCAUCCUAUCUUGGUACAAUGGAUACCCUGAUCACUCGUCUGUUGUCGGUGCAUGUUACAAGGAUGCUGCCUCUCGGUGCGGCCGAACUCAAUCUGUCCCCGCUGACGCAAACAGCGGGAAUCAUGGGUAUUGGGCUACUCUAUUGCAAUUCUCAACAUCGCCGAAUGAGUGAAGUCAUGUUGUCAGAGAUUGAGAACGUGGAACAGGAGGAGGGGUCUCCAGCAUCACAUGGGGACCUGCGUGACGAAGGAUACCGCUUGGCUGCUGGUUUUGCGCUUGGGUUCAUCAACCUGGCCAAGGGCAAAGACCUCAGAGGAAUGCGAGACAUGCACAUCGUGGAGAGGCUACUGGCUGUCGCGGUGGGAACUAAAAACGUCGACCUGGCCCAUAUACUCGACCGGGCUACUGCGGGCGCGACAAUCGCCUUGGCUAUCAUCUUCAUGAAGACCAAUGAUGAAAUUUUGGCACAGAAGAUCGACAUCCCAGACACAACCGUACGCUUUGAUUAUGUCCGGCCCGACUUGUUCCUGCUUCGCACCCUUGCCCGGCAUGUCAUUAUGUGGGAUAAAAUUCAAGCCAGCGAUGAAUGGUUUAUCCAAAGCCUGCCAAAGGUUUACCGCCGGCGUUAUCGUCUGACCGGUGUCCGCCGCCUGAAGAGUGACGACAUGCCCUUCUUCAACAUCAUCGCUGGUCUUUGUUUCACCCUGGGUCUCCGCUACGCCGGCUCCGCGCAGACUGCAGUGCGCGAUCUCCUUCUGUCCUAUCUAGACCAGUUCAUCCGAAUCUGCAGACUUCCCGUUGUGAAUUACGAUGGCAAGCUCGCGCGGAACUCGGUUCGACACUGUCAAGACGUUGUUGCGCUUUCAGCAGCGGCAGUGAUGGCAGGAACUGGAGACUUGGCAAUGUUUCGCCGCCUGCGCUCUCUGCACGGUCGUGUAGACAUCGAGACACCGUAUGGAAGCCAUAUGGCAUCGCACAUGGCAAUCGGCUUAUUGUUCUUGGGCGGAGGAAGUUACACUCUGGGCACGUCCGAUCUGGCGAUCGCCUCACUCAUCUGCUCCUUGUAUCCGAUCUUCCCAACUACAGUGCUUGACAACAAAUGCCACCUUCAGGCCUUCCGCCACUUGUGGGUUCUUGCUGCUGAGCCUCGUUGUCUCGUGCCCCGCGACAUCGAUUCUCGACGUCCCAUUUCCAUUCCCAUCACAGUGACAGGAUUAGACGGUGAAAGCCACAAGUUCGCCGCGCCUUGCCUGUUGCCCGACUUGACUGGUAUAGCUAAAGUGGAGGUCAGCAGCGCCGACUUCUGGCCUCUGAUGCUUGAUUUCGCCAGCAAUCCCGUCCUCCGCGAGAAAUUCCGGCUCGGCGACCAGUCUGUUUACCUCCGACGCAAAACCAAUUACAACCCCACAGGUUCAUCCGUGUUCGUCUCGACCCUCGCCGGACAUGGAGAGGCGCAGGACGUGCUUCCAUCCACCACUUCGAUAUCGAACCAAGGCAAGGGCUUGCCCCCGGCGGCGUUGCCAAACCUGAACGCACUGCUCUCAUCGGGCGCCGUCAGCCGCACACCUCCGUCACCCGCACAAAGCAUAUGGGAAUGGGUGUUCAACCUGAAGUCCCUCCAAGGACUAGACGCCCGCGAAAAGGCCUUAGUGCUACCGGCGUUUUUCCCAGGACGCGCUCAACCCUCCCACCAGAGUAAGGUGUCGUAUGCGCCCUGGCUGCGCCAAUCCGCGGUAGACAGCAGACUCGUGAUCGAAAGCACCGCACAAAACAUGAUCCAAGCCAUGCUAGGCCGCGGUGCGGAUCCCGACGAAGUUCGCGACCGCAUAUGGCAACUUCGACUCCUGUUCAGCUGGAUCGAAACCGAGUCGAACGAGCGGGCGCGCAUAACGGACGAGGAAACGGGGGGAUCGGGACCGGGGCCGGCGAGACAAUCGGAUAGCCCGUGGCUUCGACGAGACUUCUUAGAGGAAACUCGUUGGAAGAUCUGGGGGAUUCAGGUCGGGGAUCAUGCGUAA